GGUAUAAAUACUGGGCGACCACCACCUUGGCCCUUGUUCACUCCCACUACCUCAAGCGCUUCAAGCCCCUCGAAAACUACUUACCUUUUCGCUCAACCUCCAUUUUCACUUACAUAACAAUGUCUGGCAAAGGUGGCAAAUCCGGAAAGACUGGCGGCAAGGCUGGUGGUGAAGGUGGCAAGUCGCAGUCGCGUUCGGCCAAGGCGGGUCUCCAGUUCCCCGUCGGUCGUGUACACCGUCUCUUGAAGAAGGGCAACUAUGCCCAGCGUGUUGGUGCAGGUGCUCCUGUCUACCUCGCAGCCGUCCUCGAAUACCUUGCAGCUGAGAUUCUUGAACUUGCUGGCAAUGCUGCUCGUGAUAACAAGAAGCAACGUAUUGUACCUCGUCACCUGCAACUAGCUAUCCGAAAUGAUGAAGAGCUGAAUAAGCUUCUCGGUGACGUCGUCAUAUCCCAGGGUGGUGUCGUCCCCCAUAUCGAAUCACAGCUGCUGCCCACAAAAUCUGGCAAGGGUAGGAAGGAAGAUGGCAUCAGUCAGGAGGUUUAA